GUGACUACACCUGCAAGUCUACCAUACGUAGAAGGCUACACCUUCAGGACUACAGACGGUACACUACAAGAUGCAAACCACUAAUAAGCCUGAAGAACAGAAAGGACAAAGAAAACAAAAGAAAAGCAACAAAGAGAAGAAAUCAUCUGCUAUGAGCUCCCUGAAUUCCACCCUCUCUCUAAAUGCAACUUUUGUGCGUCCCACAUUUUUUUUCAUUAAUGGUUUCAAUAACAUACCCCAUGCCAAAUACUACUAUGUUUUUUUGUGCUUUGUUUUUGUGGUCUCUGUGUUGGGGAACUCCUUUGUCAUGUUAAGUAUAUGCACAGAGCGCAGUUUUCACACCCCAAAGUAUAUGGGCGUGUUUAAUUUGGCUGUAGCUGACUUGGGUGAAAGCACUGCUCUUAUUCCAAAUUUAGUUGCAAUGUUUCUUUUUGAUUCCCAGUACAUCUCCUAUGAUGCUUGCUUGGCCAACAUGUUUUUUGUGUCUUUUUUUACCUGUUUGCAGUCUCUCACUCUUGCUGUUCUGGCAUAUGAUAGAUUGGUGGCAAUAUGCUUGCCACUGAGAUACCAUUCCAUUAUCACAGUGCCAGCAAUGGCUGUGAUAUUAACAGUGGUUUGGGCAUUUGAUUCUGUUAUACUGAUUAUCACGGUGACUUUGGUUACCAGGUUGUCCUUUUGUAAAUCUAUUGUGAUAAAAAGCUACUUCUGUGACCAUGGACCUACAUGUAUUUUGGCAUGCAGUGAUUAUACUGCCAAUCGUAACAUGGGGAUUGUUAUUACAGUAUCAUUAUUUUGUGCACCUUUUAUUUUUAUAGUACUAUCAUAUGUACUUAUUUCUCAUGCACUGUUUAAAAUAGCUUCAUGGGAAGAGCGAUUUAAAGCCAUUAAGACUUGUUCUGCACACCUAAUGCUGGUCACUCUUUAUUAUCUUCCAAUACUGGGCACCUACAUUACUGCACUAGCUUCUACAAUUCAGCCAAAUGUCAGGGUAAUGAGUACAUCACUGGCAAAGGCCAUUAUCCCCAUGAUGAACCCAAUAAUUUAUGUGCUGAACACAGAAGAAGUUAAGGAGUUCUCAAAGAAACUUUUCAGAAAAAAAAUAAAGAAAAGCCAAAACCAGAAGAAACAAUCAAAAUAA